AUGAGCCUUACUUUUGUUCUAACGAUCUUCUGUCUCUUAAUAGCUGAAGCGCUCAUCAUUGAUCAACCUCUUAAUACAGGCCGCUCUGGUCUGUUCGCAGAGCAGUGGAACUUCGUCAUCGACUUCUCCGGCCACCACUCUUUCACCAUCUAUCACUCAGUCAACGGCGACGAGCGUCAUUACAACACCUCCGACGACUUUUCUCCUGCUGGUUUGGAGCGUCUAUGGGAUCUGGUUGGUCCAGUCGAACCACCCCCAUUCACAACGACUCGUGCAGCGCAGACUCCAAUCGCGGUUCCUUCUUCCCCGCCUGCACUGUACCCGGAAUGGUUCUCGCCUAACCCAAGGAACAUAUUGCCCGAUCUCAAGUUGCCUAAGGGAUUUGUCUUCGGAGUCGCGACUGCUGCCUACCAGGUCGAAGGCGCUACAAAAAACGAAGGGAAAGGACCGAGUAUAUGGGACUGGAACAGCCGCCAACCCGGAGGUGUAAUCGAUAAUACAACAGGUGAUGUCGUUGAUUUGCAGUAUUACUUGUACAAGCAAGACGUUGCUCGAGUGGCUGCCAUUGGCGUCAAUGCCCACUCAUUCUCAAUCUCUUGGGCGAGAAUAUUUCCAUUUGGGACGGCUGAUUCUCCCGUGAAUCAAGCUGGUCUAGUUCAUUAUUCCGACGUGAUAGACUCGCAUAUUCAAGCUGGAGUUGAACCGAUAGUGACGUUGUUCCACUGGGAUACGCCACUGGCUCUCCAAGCCUACUACGGUGGUUUUACCUCGCCUCAAAUCGUCGAUGACUUUGUAAACUAUGCUAAGACGGUCUUCAGGGCCUUCAACGGCAGAGUCAAAACAUGGUAUACCUUCAAUGAACCACGCGUCUAUUGCGGCUUCAUUAGCGGCUACCCAUUCAAUCAAACGCUGACGCCUGAUGUAAACUCGUCGACGGCACCGUAUCACUGCGUUUACAACCUUUUGCGUGCUCAUGCAGGAGCAGUGAAAGCUUUCCGAACCAUGAACAUUUCCGGAGAGAUUUCGUUUAAGAACGACGAUUUCGUCGGUCCGCCAUGGAGAGCUAAUAAUGCCGAAGACAUUGAAGCGUCAGAGCGCCACACUGCUUUCCGCAUUGGGGUGCUCUCCGACCCGGUGUACACCACCGGCGACUGGCCAAAAAUCAUGACCGACACCCUACCACCAGAGUAUCUACCUCGAUUUACUGAAGAAGAGAAAAAGGAUCUCCUCGGCUCGGCCGACUUCUAUGCCAUCGAUUCGUACCGCGCUCAGUACAUCAGUGCACCUACGGACGGAAUGGAAGCCUGUGUCUCCAACCCCUCUCAUCCGCUCUGGCCCGACUGUAACGUUGUUCAGCUAGUUGACACAAAUGGGUGGGCGGUUGGGCCUUCUCCCGAUCCGCUGAGCCAGGCGUGGCUCCAGGCUACACCGAACCUUCUCAGACCGUAUUUGAGGGAGUUGCAACGGCGCUGGCCAACCAACAAGAUGUACAUCACCGAGUUUGGUUUCGUGGAGCCCUUUGAACAGCUUCGAACCGAGCUCUUCCGGAUCACUGAGGACGUCACCCGAACUAACUACUUUAUGACUUACCUUGGCGAAAUUCUGUUGGCUAUACAUGAGGAUAAAUUGCCAAUCGCCGGCAUAUUUGCAUGGGCCAUGAUCGACAACGCGGAGUGGAAUUCUGGAACCAGUGCCAGGUUCGGGAUCCAGCAUGUAAACUACACAACCCUCGAAAGAACGUACAAACGUUCCGCGCUGUCCCUAUCCGAAUUUUUCAAGGUACAUCUAUCGGAGUGA